AUGCUUCGCCUCUUCUCUCGCAGCCACGAGAAAUGCGAUGGUAUCUCCAACGCCGAUGUGCACACCACCAUAGGCUACGACUUCGCCAAGGUGUCUUCCAUGGCGACUCCCUCCACGAACCGUUCGCUCUCCAUCAGAUCGAAUCACCGCCGUAAUGGCUCGCAAAACGCCUCUACAAAGCGCACCGGAUUUUCCUUCAACUCUCUCCGCGGCAACGUCCAGCCCGAGCUCUCGCGCAAGCUUUACCGCAUCAUCAAGAGCGAGAACAACCUCAUCACAGCCCACGAGACGGCCGGUCGCGAGCGCAUCUCCAUCGCCACCCAGUUGUCCGAGUGGGGCGAGCAAACCAACGACGCCGCCGUAUCUGACGUCUCGGACAAGGUCGGUGUAAUCCUGAGCGAGCUCGGCGAGCAAGAGGAUCAGUAUGCACACUCCCUCGACGAUGCUCGCGGUGUGCUGAAACACAUCCGCAAUACGGAGAAGAGCGUGCAGCCCAGCCGCGACGGCAAGGACAAGAUUGCCGACGAAAUUGCCAGGUUGAAGAUGAAGGAACCCCAGAGUGCCAGGCUUGUUGUGCUCGAGCAGGAGCUUGUUCGGGCCGAGGCGGAGAACCUGGUGGCCGAAGCCCAGCUGACGAAUAUCACUCGACAGAAGCUCAAGGAGGCUUACGAGGCCGAGUUUGCUGCUACCAUCGAGCGGGCCGAAAAGCAGAUUAUCCUGGCCAAACAUGGCCGACGACUCCUGCAACUCCUCGAUGACUCUCCCGUCGUCCCAGGCGAUAUGCGUCCGGCUUAUCACCAUGCCCAACAGGCCCGGCAGAUUCUCAACGACGCCGAGGACGACCUGCGCGACUGGCGCCCAGAACAGGAUGACUACAUCGUUGACACAUCCGACUCUGUUUCUAACACUAAGGGAAAGCAGAAUCUGGUACGCGACGACGACGCUGACAUCGUUGCGGGUUCAGUGCCUGGGAACAGGACGGUUCAGGAGAAUGACGAUGUUAGCAUUGUAAGCAACGGAACGAGACAGAGCGAGGCGAUGGCGACUCAUUAG